CAGAUGGGAAAAUUUUUAAAACCAAGGAGAGAUCUUGGUGGGAACUCCAGAUUUUACAGCGGCUUGAAAGAAAGUUUCUAAAAAAGCCCGUCACAACUUUUACAUCUUUUCGAAUUCUCCUUUCAAACGGCAGCACGACGAGAAGGGAAAGUAUUCCUUUUGAAAUGUGUUUUUGGAGGGACAAGAGCCCUAGCCCUCAUUUCCAAUCCAUGCUCUUCCCCUUUUUCGAUCAGCGCCAUGGAGAGGAGCGCGUCAUCCAUGGAUGAGAGCAUUACUUCGGCUCCAGAGCUGGAAUGCUGGAGCUCAGAGAACCUCGAGGAGUUACGGCAUCUGCUAGCGUGCACGUCUAUGGAGCUGGAAUCCGCGAGACAGGCCGCCAAGAGCCAGGAGCAAAUCUACACUUGCAAGCUCACUCAUCUCGAGGAGCUCCUGCGAGCAGCUCAAAGGGAACGAGACGAAGCCCGGGAAAAAGCUUUCGAUCCAUCCGCAGCCACCAUAACUUCUUCCUGGGAAGAGCUCCCCGAUCCAGCGGGCGACUACUCCUUCCUCCUCAACGACGUAGCCCUCGACGACACUACUGUGGUCCUUGAUCUUAGCGCUCCAUCGCUGGAUCAUCCUUUUCACGCCGACGCUGCUGCUGCUGGAUUCUUUCUCGGCAAUCCACCACUAUCUAAGACUUCCCCACGCAAUGCAGCAGCGAUGGAUGAUCUCGAGGCCGCAGUGGUGACGAGCGCUCUUCCCGAGAGAGGCCAUCUCCUCGACGCGGUGAUGCAAGCGGGUCCUUUGCUCCACAACCUUAUGCUGGCCGCCGCUCCUCCUCGGCUCUCUCACGUCCCCCACCUCCCUCUCCCGCGAUGGCACCAUCCUCCUCCAGUGAGUUUCAUGCCUUCUUCGUCUUCUUCUAUCCAGAUACCACAACCCAACAGUAGUCUCAGGUGUGCUGGCGGCUUUGGAUCCUCGUCAACUUGCUGCCUCCAAGUCUAGACUUGUGUUCUCCGGAUAGAUCAGUAUAUUUUUUCUUAAGAAGUCACAGCUUUCCUAGAGAAAAUGAGGCAAAUUUAGAACAAAUUGAAGAAUAAGA